ACUAAGAGUACUACUGUGACUGUGCCUCCAACUUCUACUAUGGUAUCAACUACUGAGACACAGCUAUCGACUUCUGAAAUUACUGAGAGUACUACUGUGACUGUUCCUACAACUUCUACUGUGGCAACAACCACUGAGACACAGACUGUGCCUACCGAAACAACUAAGAGUACUACUGCGACUGUUCCUACAACUUCUACUGUGGCAACAACCACUGAGACACAGACUGUGCCUACCGAAACAACUAAGAGUACUACUGCGACUGUUCCUACAACUUCUACUGUGGCAACAACCACUGAGACACAGACUGUGCCUACCGAAACAACUAAGAGUACUACUGCGACUGUUCCUACAACUUCUACUGUGGCAACAACCACUGAGACACAGACUGUGCCUACCGAAACAACUAAGAGUACUACUGUGACUGUUCCUACAACUUCUACUGUGGCAACAACUACUGAAACACAGCCUAUGCCUAUUGAAACUACUAAGAGUACUACUGUGACUGUUCCUACAACUUUAACUGUGGCAACAACUACUGAGACACAGACUGUGCCUAUCGAAACAACUAAGAGUACUACUGUGACUGUGCCUCCAACUUCUACUAUGGUAUCAACUACUGAGACACAGCUAUCGACUUCUGAAAUUACUGAGAGUACUACUGUGACUGUUCCUACAACUUCUACUGUGGCAACAACCACUGAGACACAGACUGUGCCUACCGAAACAACUAAGAGUACUACUAUUUCUGUUCCUACCACUUCUACUGUGGCAACGACUACUGAGACACAGGCCGUGCCUAUCGAAACAACUAAGAGUACUACUGUGACUGUGCCUCCAACUUCUACUAUGGUAUCAACUACUGAGACACAGCUAUCGACUUCUGAAAUUACUGAGAGUACUACUGUGACUGUUCCUACAACUUCGACUGUGGCAACAACCACUGAGACACAGACUGUGCCAACCGAAACAACUAAGAGUACUACUGUGACCACUGAGACACAGACUGUACCUACCGAAACAACUAAGA